CAAAAAAUAAUUACAGAGAGGUGGUGCGUACAAUAUAAUCUCUAUGGUGUCAGCAUUCUUUUGUCAUCAAACAUUUAAAUUUAUCCCACUUUGGUUCAAUUCUGAAACUUCGAACGCACUGUUAUAGACUCUGGUAUACUGUCCAGAAAUAGACUCUGGUAUGGUCCUAAAUUUAGCUUCGCCUAUUUGUAGGUAGAUACGUGUCUGUAAAGCAUCAAGUUAGUUGCAUUUGUGCGCUUGUUAAUUCUUCUGACGAAUAUGAAAAGCGAAAACUUAGUUUUCCAACAGUUUUGCCAGAGAAUAAUUGCCACUUUACAAGAAGAUGACAUAAAUACGUUCAGUAGUUUAAAAGAUGAUGAAGAUCGUAUUCGAUAUUUGUACAAAUGCGGAAACGUUGAUGUAAACAAAACGCCAACCGAAAAGUGUCUUGAAUCCGCUAAAGCCGAGAAAGAAAAAGGAAACAGUUUUUAUUCCAAAAAAAACUUAAAGAAUGCCAUUGUUUGUUACUCGAAAGGGAUCAUCAUUUGUCCACAAGAUUCAGAUUCUUCGAAAGAAUUGCUAGCUAUUUUAGCAGCGAAUCGCAGCGCUGUUUUGUAUGAAAUGAAUAAAACUGAAGAAGCAAUUCGUGACAUCGAAUACGCUUUAGAAGAUGCCAAAUGUCCAAAAAAUAUUUUAUAUAAAUUGUAUAUAAGAAAGGGUAAAUGCCUUUUGGCACAGCAAGACAAAGAAGCUGCCACCUUGGCGUUUGAAAAAGCUCGCGAUUUUUUGAGCGAAGCAUCUCUAAAAGAAUCAGCAUUAAAUGAUAGGAAAAAAGAGAUAGCCGACUCGCUGAAAAUAGCCCAAAACAUUAACUGUAAUAAAAACGUUAAAUCUAAUCGUAAUAAUCCCGAGCUCAAUUUUCCGCGAAAUAAAAAAUUCAACGGGGCUCAUUCAUUAGUAGAUUUUAGUGAAGAUGUAGAUCAAGGGCGGUUUGCUGUAGCCAAAGAAGAUCUGCCGGUUGGUACAGUGGUAGUUGAAGAAAAACCAUUUUGCUCGGUUUUAGCUAAAGAUUAUCACACCAAGAACUGCCAAAACUGCAUAAAAUCAGUUAAAUUACCCAUUGCAUGCCCCCGUUGCUCCAGUGUGGUUUUCUGUAGUUUGGAAUGUAGGGAUAACGCUUUAGAUGGAUUUCACUCACGAGAAUGCGAAAUGUUGCCUAGUUUGAUACAGUCAGCAGCCUCAGUAAAUUGUGCAAUGGCUCUAAGAUUGAUAACGUGUAGAGAUUUAAAUUAUUUUAGAAAUUUUAAAAAUCUUAAUAAUCUCCCUGAAUGUGAGAAAAAGAAUUUUGAGUUUUUCAACCACAUCUACAGUUUAUGUCGACACGAAGAGCAAAGGCAACCCGGUGAUUUUCUUUUAUACACUGCUAUGGCAUUGUUUUUAUUAAAGUUACUUAUGUUAACCGAUUAUUUUGGAAAUGUCCAAAACGAUUCUUUAUCCGAUACGAAAGCAUUUGUGGGAAGUUUAAUUUUACGAUUCUUACAAAUUUUACAAUUUAAUUCUCACGAACUUUCCGAAUUACAACCCGAACCUUUGGACACUCAAUCGGGUAAAAAAAGUUGUGUUUCUGUCGACAUUGGGGGUGCAUUAUAUCCUACGCUAGCUCUUUUUAACCAUUCUUGUGAACCCAGCAUAGUCAGAUAUAAUAUUGGAAACAGAAUUGUUGCUAGGCUUAUAAAAAGCGUGAAAAAGGGCGAUAUAAUUUACGAGAACUAUGGACCCAUGUAUACCACAGAUCCAAAACUAAAUCGCCAAAAAUAUUUAAAAGAUAGAUAUUGGUUCAUUUGCAAAUGUAUUCCGUGCGAAGAAAACUGGCCUCUGUAUGAGGAAAUGGAUCCUUCGUGUUUAAAAAUACCCUGCAAGACGAAUUCGUGUAAGAAUUACGUAAUUGCAGAUGAUAAAUUGGAUCCGUUUAAGAAUUGUCCCAACUGUGGAGCGGUGAACACGUCGAAUAUUUUAAAUGCAUUAAAAAUGCUCCAGGGUGUCGAUUCUUAUUUAAAUGACGGAGAAGCCCAUUUUAAAAGAAUGGAAUUCAAAAAAGCUAUUUCUUACUUUUUGUCGGCUAUGAAAAUUUAUCAUUUGCAUACAGUCCCUCCUUUCCCUGAUUACAUUAAAGUGCAACAACGUCUUAGAACAUGUAUAGUACACAUGGGAAACAAAUAUAACGAAUUGUUAGAUGAAUAGAUCAUCCCAAUGUAAAAAAUAAAAUUAAGAACGUUUCUACUAUCAAAGUUUAUGUUUUCUUCCAGGCUGGCGGUCAAAAAAUUAUAACAAUAUUUUUGUGUAACGUUUUGGUUAUUCAAUCAUCAUCAUGUUAUAAUUCCUUUGUAUGAUUUAGUAUGUUACGUAUGUUACUAAUAAAAUAAAAUAUUAAUUGUAGCAGUAAUCCAAGAAAAUUGGUAAUGGUUUAAUCCGAACUAUACUUCUGUUGAAUGAUUGAAUAAACUGAUACAUUGUUGUAAUGUUUUAACCACUACCCUGGUGGAGUUUAAUUGCCAUCGGGAUAUCCAAGAUAAAUCCUACCUACAUCUACAAAGAGAAGACAAGCUAUGCAUUAAGAGAAAAGCAUUAUUCAAAUAAAUCAGCUGCUUGCUUCGUUACCCCAGCCAAUACUUCGGGUCAAACUAAUCGACGAAGGUGUUUCUUCUGCGGUUCCAAAAAAAAUCGAAAAACUAAAUAUAAUUGCCGAAAGUGUCGCAGAUAUUUUUGUUUGGAACAUGCUACAAUGGUGUGUCGAGAUUGUUACAUUUCUGCUUUUGAGUGAGCUUCCUUACAGGUGUAUAAAUUGUAAGAAAACCUACAUAUUAAAAUCAUCUUUUCGACACCAUCUCCGUAACGAAUGUGGAAAAGAUCCAAAGUUUAUUUGCGAUGUUUGCGGUUACAGGACACACAGAAAAUCAAAUCUCAGAAGACACAUAUUCAGCCGACAUCAUCUUAUGUUCAUGUGACAACUGUGAACUUUCUUGGGUAUUUGUAAUAAAA